AUGGACAAUCCCAAUGAUAGAACGCUUCACCCAGGGAGGCCGUACCAUCCAGAACCCCUCAAUGGACCGCCGACGCCCUCGUGGGUGCCCCCCGAACAAAUCCAUCCAUCGGGGCCACAAUCACAAGCAUAUUUGGGACAAAACCAUGCUCCCCGACCUCGGGCUCACCAUUCGUUGGGUCGACCUAGUACGACCCUCGACCCUUAUCAAAUGGGUUUCAGUGGUGGACCUUUGUUGCCAAAUCCCAUAUCUCAGAGCUAUACUCUGCCACAUCCCAACGGAGGGUUGUACAUGUCUCACCAGGGCCAGUGGGCUUCUCACCCAAUGCAAUCUCCUAUUCCGCCCAACUAUGGCGGCAUGAUGAAUAUGCCAGGCGGGCUCAGGUAUGAGCUAAUGCCGGGACAGCCAGCCGUAGGGUCGGGGUAUUCGUCGCAACCUCCCGAAAGUAAUAUGGGGAUGGGAAUGCAUGCCGGCACAGGGCUGGAUGGAACUAUACCAGCAUUGCCCUACUACGUAGGUCCGCCACCGAUGUAUCAAGCAGGGCCAGCAGGGCCAGUAGGGUUAGAUCCUCAGCCGGCGGGUUCUGCCACAUAUAAUCGCCGACUUGCAUCGCGCGUGGCACGCACACAAAGCUUCUACUCGCCUUCGUCCAUGGCUGCCAAAGUCGUAGCAGUGGUGCUUCGUUUCCUCAGUGCUAACAUUCUACUCGAUACAGCACCGCCCGUAUACCACGAUUUUUUGGGGCCGCCGCCACAUCGAAGAUCGACUUACUCCAGUAGAGCACGGCGGUCGUCGUUGAACACGCGCCCAGUGGCACCAGGCCUAAACAGAGAUACCGAGGAAGACGGCGGCCACAACAGCAAUGAACACCGGCCGGGUGUGCCGGAUCAUCAAACGGGCCAAGAGCCUGCAGCCGCCGCGGACAAUAGUCCUACUCGUCCGUUGUCCAAGACUUCGUCCACGGAUAUGCUUUUGCAUUACUCGUUAAGCAUAAAAGUCGAAGACCUGCCUGAGCAAGAUAGAGAAUGCUCCAUUUGCUACAACAAAUAUGGCAUAGAGCUCCCCGAGGGUAUAAGGGAGGCACCUCGACGACUACCAAAAUGCAAACAUGUCUUUGGAGACUACUGUCUUAAGACAUGGCUUAACCAGUCUGCCAGCUGCCCCUAUUGUCGCGACAAACUGGUACUACGAUUUGAGCACGGGCUCGACUCCCGAAGAGCCCAAGCCUACAUGACUCUUAUGAGAGCUCGAGCUCGAGUUUCUGUUCCUCCAGAGCCUCCAGGACCUCCAGGGACGACGACGUCGCUAGAGAGGGACUUGGGAUUCAUGCCUCCUGUUAUACAUGACGAAGAAGAAGUUGUUGAAGCUCAAUUUGUUACUAUACUUGAACAGCAGCUACACCGCAGCAGAGAAACGGAUUUGUCCGCUGUCGACGGUGAAAAUACACCAUCGGACUCAUCGAGCGCGCCAGCUUCGCCAAUCCGAGCCUCUCUGCGCGAUGUGUCAAGAUUCAGCCAGUGGUCGUCUCGUACAACUCUACAGAGGGCUAAUCGAAGACAGAGAGGUUCCCGAAGUAGUUUGCCACCUCUCCAGCCGCCUCCGCAAUCUGAUGGCCCGAGUCAACCGAGCGCAACGAUCCCCGGUGCAGAUGCUAGAGAGGGCGAAAGCAGCCAGAGCCCGGAAGAUGCUGGACGUGGACCAGCCGAGACAUCAAUGGCUCCGUCAACAGCGCAGAGUAGAAAUCGACCGUGGUGA